AUGAAAGCCAUCCAGCUAAUUCGACAUGAUAUCGGUGCACUUGCACCAGACGUUGGUGUAAUUUUGACCGAGACCGAUACUCCCGUACCAGGUCCCGGAAAUUUGCUGGUCAAAAUUCGGGCUUCGGCUAUUCAGCCAAGCGAUAUACUCAAUGCUACCGGUGGAUUCCCUUACACCACGUUUCCCAGAGUUCCUGGUCGGGACUACGCUGGCAUCAUAGUUUCGGGACCCAGAGCAGGUGAGGAUGUCUACGGUACCAGUGGGUCCACUCACGCAUUUACUUGCGACGGCUUCCAUGCCGAAUAUUGCGUAGUUUCCGAGGACGCAGUGGCCAGAAAGCCCAGAAACAUGUCGUAUGCACAGGCAGCGUGCAUCGGGGUUCCCUUCACCACGGCAAAAUGGGCUUUGCGCAAAGCGUGUCCUAAAGGCUCCGAAACUGUGCUGAUCAUUGGAGCAUUUGGGUCUGUCGGUUCAGCUGCGGUUCAAUUGGCCAAAACUAUCGGGUGUCGAGUGCUAACAGCUGGCCGUAAUGACGUUGCAGACAUUAACACGACAAAAGAUACCACACUCGCAGGCAUUGAGUCUUUGACACUGGGCCGUGGAAUUGACGUCGUUAUCGACACUGUAGGAAUUCCAACAUUGACCCAAGCAGCCGUUCAAAAACUGACGCAUGGCGGAAGAAUUGCAAUAAUCGCUGCACAUGGAGAAGCGAACCUCGAUGUAAAUAUGAAGGACUUCUAUCGCCAAGAAAAGACCCUCAUCGGCUGCAACUCCCUCUCCUAUAGCGUUCAGAGCAUGGCUCAAGAAAUGGCAGAUUUGACAGCGGAGUUUGAAAAUGGAAGAUUAGCUCCUCCACGCGAGGAGCUCUGGUCAGCCGUAAGUUUGGAAGAAGCAGUUGAUAUUUACAAAGAAGGAAAACGGAGUGCAGGGAAGUUUGUCAUUACGAUGGGGUAG